AUGUCAAUCUCCAUUUCAUGUUCUGCAGAUUUCAGUGAGUUCUAUAAAUACGCAUUCUAUUAGAAUUCAGAAAAGUCAAUAUGUUUUCAGAGCUGAAACAAAUCCACGUUAUUGGGAGUUAGAAGAACUACUGACUGAGUACACGCGGGCUUGAAAGUUCAAUUGAUUUAACGCGAAUAAUGGUUUUGGAAGUCAGUCGCCUUCCGGCGGAUUCGUUUUUGAUUCAAAACUCGGAGUUCAGUCGAAAUCAAUUUCAAAUUCGACAUUCUUGUUACUACAAUAUUGAUAUUGGGAGAUGAAGCAAGUUGGAUUAGGAAAAAGGUGAGAAAAAUCGUUCACUAAUCGAAAAAUCCCAAAAUAUGAAAGAGUCGCGUAUUAACUUGAAUUAGCUGCUAGCUGAGCGAUCAAUCGCCUGAAUUAAUUUAGUUUAUAAAAAUGUGAUAGGUGAUUAAUCCUUCAGCUCACCUUAAAGUGAGCUGAAAAUUUACUAAGCGAUUAAUCGCCCAUCUUGUCUGAGAACCCACAAUAUCCUAGUCAUAAAGUAUUGAUGUUGGCCAAUCUUAAUCCAAAUAUCCACUCCAAAAAACUUCUAAUAAGUCAGUUAUUCUUUCAGGUUCGAACACUGGUAUUCUCAAUAUUCUACAAGGAUUGGAAAUUCUCACGUGGAACUCAACAUCAUCAUUCAACGUCAUUAAAAAUCAGCUCAUCGUCUCAAAAACCCUGCAAAAUUGUCAAGCUGCGCCGACAAUCCCAUAAUUCUUCGAUUUUUCAGUGUUAUUUUUAA